UCAUACACGCCCUGGCACUCACACACACAAAGUUUUACAGCAUUAUUAUGUUCAUGAGUGUAGAAUGGUUUUAGAAUAAAUCGAUUAUAGGGCAACAGGAAUUUAAAGUAUUUACUACGUACAUUGUCACAGCUUUGAUGAUAAACACCUUUGCAGUCUAAAUAAACCAUGGAUGGAGAUACCAUUGACGUAUAGAUAACACUUUGGCGUUACAUUGGAAUAAGUAUGCAUAAAUCGACCCCUCUUCAUAAAGUGUGAGCGACCCUUAGUGGUACAAAACGGGAACUGCAAUGUCUAGACUCAAAACCAAUCAUAAAAAAUCACCAAUGUUUCUGGUAGGUAAACGGUUCAUUUUAGAUGAUUAAAAACACGUUUUCCAUGUUUUUAUUUUAUACAUGUUUAUAUAUUUCAGUUUUGUAAUUAUGAACAAUUGAAAGGUAGGGUCUCCUACAGUGUCUGCAAAACCAUUGAGACGUACAUGGUCACUCAUAAUCAAUAAUCAAACACACAAAACCUAAACUAAACCGACGGUUAUAAAAUGUGACUUUACUUGACAUCACCGGCAAUGUGAGAAAACUGACACUGGUGCAGAGGAGGCAAUACUGCCUACGUCAUCAUCACCGUCAGUAUCUGGAGGCUACUUGUUCACCUGUCCACCUGUUUCGGGGCGUGGCCACAGAGGAGAGAUGGGCAUCACACAAUCAAGAUAACACACUAUCCUAGACGAGGUCGAGCCAAGGAGCAGUAAAACAAUCGCGUGUGUAUUUUGACUCGGAAUACCUUGGGGAGGGGGUCUCUAGAGUUGAACCACACUGGGUAGGCAUAUUAGGCCCACCUACCACGUCCAGUCCAAGCUUCAGUCUGAUCCGCGUCCCGGGUGGGCUGCGUCGUGUCCUGCACCAUGCGCGGACUACUGCUCGCAUGUUGCAUGUGCCUCCUACCCUCAGAGGUGAGGGGCAUCCAGGUGAACGUGCCCCAGGCUGAGCGCAGCACCAUGCUGUUCUCCUCCGUCAUCCUACGCUGUGACUACUCCACCUCCGCCAACGCCCAGAACGUCCUGGUGACCUGGCGCUUCAAGUCCUUCUGCAAGGACCCUGUCCUGGAGUACUACUCCACAGCCUACCAAUCGGCCCUCUCACUGGGGCAGGACCCAUCCAACGACUGCCCCGACCGCCUGAGGACCGUGCGCGUGGUGAUGCAAAAGACGGGCUCCAACGAGGCCAUCCUGGGAGCCGAGUACCGCGAGAGGAAGAUCUCCAUCCAGAACAUGGCUGACCUGGUGAUCAACGAGGUCAUGUGGUGGGACAACGGCGUAUAUUUCUGCGCUGUCGAUGCGCCGGGAGACACGUCAGGAGACAACGACAAAGAAGUCAAACUCAUUGUUUACCACUGGCUGACGGUACUCCUCAUCGUCCUGGGAGCCCUGCUCCUCAUCAUCCUCCUGGGGGUCUGCUGCUGCCAGUGCUGUCCUCAGCGCUGCUGCUGCUACAUCCGCUGCCCCUGCUGCCCAGAGCAGUGCUGCUGCCCCGAGAAAGCGGUGAUGCAACAUCGUAUGAUCAAGGACGCCCAGAAGGCCAUGGCUCCCUGGAUGGGAGGUCAGCACAUCUAUGCACCAAUGAGCCAACAUUCUUCCCAGAAGAAUCCCCUGCUUUACGCAGGCUCCUCCGCUGGGCACAUCCCCAUGAACCCCAUGCCCCUCCCUCCCCCUCAAUCCAUGGGCUACAGCAUGCCCCCACCCAGUAACUAUGGCAACCAGACCCCAGCUAACGGCCAGAUGUUGGACUACAUGGAGAACCAGAUGAGGGGGAUGGACAUGAGCAGCCCGAUGCUGCAGCCGCAGCCCAUGCACCCCAUGCACCCCAUGCAGCACAACCAGAUGAUGGGUCCCCCCGGCCUCUCCGUCCCCUUCUCCCCGGGGCCCCCCAGCAUGCUCUCGGCCCUCAACGACGACGGGCCGGCCGAGCGCCGCGUCAUCACGCUCCCGCCAAUCAGGGAGCAGCCUGCAGCCCGGAUGCCUCCCAGGGCGCCCUUGACCCGCCCCCCCAGCUCCAGCGCCAGCAGCCGCAACGGCGGCGCCUAUCGCCGUGACGACGGAGGAGGAGGAGGAGGAGGAGGAAGAGGGGGCCGCCGCCCGUCGCCGACGCGGUCCCGGGCCAUGUCCCGGAGCUACAGCCAGGACUCCCUGGACGGGGGGAGCCGCGGGGCCCCCAGCCGCGGCGGGGACCUGGGCCGCCUGCGCUCCCGCUCCCGGGACGACCUGUACGAGACCCGGUCCCGCGGGAACUACUCGCCCCCGGCCUCCCACCGCUCCCGGCGGGACUCCUGGAGCUCCGACGACGAGGACGGCAGCCGGAGGGGCGGAGCGGCGAGGAGAGGAGGAGGAGGAGGAGGGAUGUGGGUAGAUAAUCCGCCCAGCUACACGGAGUAUGAGCCCGGGUCGAAACCCGGCAAGCGGAGGAACGAGCGCCUCUCUGAUAAGAGUUCUCGGAGUGGGACCAGCGUGGUCAUCUGAGCGGACUGAGGAUGCCCUCAUAAGGUCAAAUAGAACUUUUUUGUAGAGUUGUAUUCUGUCCAAAUCGAGUAAUGACAUUGCUCAUUUUUUUUUUUUUACCUUCUUAAAUGGCGUGUAUGUAUAUGUGUAUGCAUAUACACGUGUAUAAAUAUAAUACAUGUGUAUGUGUAAUAUAUAUGUAUUAUAUUUUGUAUAUUUGUGUGCAUGUGUGUUUUAUGUAUAUGGCAUGCGAUACAUUUUCUAGUAUCCUCAAAAAUAAAUGCUUUUCAGUUUUUACCUAGUUUCUUGAUUUGUUUGUAGUGCCUCCUGGUGGUUCAGUCCAGGUUUGAAAAUGUAGUUUUUUUUUUUUAUAAUAUAAUUUUUUAAAAACUUAAACUUUCAUAUUAGCAUAUGUUGUGGUAAUGCAAGAGAAUUGUUUUAACCAUGUCCAUGUAUGAUACAGCCAUUGUAACUAUGUUGAAUUCAUUUUGUACAAUAUGUUUAUUUAUUUUUAACUUGGUUGCAAUAGUUAUAUUAAACUGUUUAUUGUGUGUGUACAAUACAGUAUAGGGAUAUAUACCCAAAAUUUGUGCUAACAGCAAAAUGGUAUUGUUAAUUAUUUGGGGUUGUUACAAAUAAAGCAAUAUUACGUCUUGGGA